AUGACGUUUGCUGUCAAAUAUUACAGCAUCCGAAGAGGUGUUCAAUAUAAAGUUUAUGAAUCUGACCACAUAAAAUUUUAUUGCAAGUGUGUGAAGUUUGGCAUUGACUGUAAUAUUGUUCAAAUGCAAACUGGACCAUAUUAUGUUGGUGAUGUUAUAGAUUCUGGUUGCUUUAUGUUCCAUCGUCUUUUCUGGAUGUAUCCACCAUGCAUAGAGACAUUUAAAUAUUGCAAAAAAUUGAUUUCAAUUGAUGGAACACACUUAUAUGACAAGUAUAGUGGAACAUUGUUGAUGACAAUUGCCCAAGAUGGUAACUCAAAUAUCUUGUCAAUUGCAUUUGCAGUGGUGGAGGGAGAGACAAAAGAAGCAUGGUCAUUUUUUCUAAGAAAUGUUUGUCAGCAUGUGACGCCACAAGAGGACAUUCUUGUCAUAUCUGAUAGGUAUCAUGCUAUCAAAGCAGCUUUAGAAGCUACAGAGAGUGAGUGA